UUGAAGAAGGGAUGGAUGAUAUGUGGACAGAAGGCCCACUUUUUGGUGGGGUGUAUUACUAAGCAGUGUCCUAUGGACAAAAGGAUCACGCGUGGGUCUAUUAGAACUUAGAAGAAAACAAGCAAUCUUAUCAGUGUGUUUUCACCCUCCACCCCCGCAUCCAACCAUCCAUCCACCCACCCACCCAUCCACCCACCAACCGAACCACCACAGCACACCCACCAGUGCCAACAACACCAUGACAUCCCCCCAAACCCCCCACCUCGACCCCGAGCUCUUCAACCUCUGCGUCGGCGCCCUCACACACAUCCCCGCCACCGACGACAACCACACCGUCGCCGCCGCCGUGCGCAGCCACGCCGGCCAGACCUUCGUCGCCCUCAACGUCUACCACUUCACCGGCGGCCCCUGCGCCGAGCUAGCCGUGCUGGGUACCGCAGCCGCGGGCGGGGUACUCGCGCCGGACAUCGCGACGAUCGUGGCCGUGUGUCGCCGCCAGGGGGAAAAGGGGGAGGAUGUGUAUCGGGUGAUUAACCCGUGUGGACGGUGCAGUCAAACCAUGUUGGAUUAUAACCCCGAGAUUGGGGUUGUGGUGUUGGAUGAAAAGGGGAGGGAGGUGCGGGCGAGGGUGGGGGGGUUGAUGGUGUUUCCGUCGGUGUGGGAGGAUGGGAAUACGGGGAGGGAGGAGAAGAGGAAGGCGGCGUUGGAGGAGGAGGGGAAGGGGGAGGGGGCAUGAUGGGUGCGGUGGUGGAUGAUGGGUGCAUGCAAGGUUGUGGAGUUUUGGUGGGAGAGAGGUUGGCCCAUGUGUGAGUCAAUGACGACCAAGGUGUUCAGGCGCUCGAGUGGGGUGGUGUGGAGGAUGGCUUGAGGUUGACAAGCACGUUGUGGUGUUGAUGAAAUACAACAAAGAUGAGAACCAAACGGUUACUGCGUUAUCUUACGAAUAAUAAUAAUCCUCGCGGGACUCGGUGAUUUUGAGAUGUUCAUUUUGGGAGCAAUGUUUUCCAG